AUGGAGAAGACUAUGCUCACUGAGACAGGACCCAUGCCUACUGGGGGCCUUGGAGCCAUACCUACUGGUAUGCUUCCUGGUAUGCCCAAUAUUCCCGACAUGCAGAACAUGACCAGUAUGGGCAGCAUGGGGGAUAUGGACCUCACCUGCAAGAUCUCCAUGCUUUGGAACUGGUAUACUAUCGAUGCCUGCUUCCUCUCCAGCACCUGGCAUAUCCGCUCCAAAGGUGCAUUUGCCGGCGCUUGCAUCGGUGUCAUUCUUCUGGUGAUGGUUCUUGAGGCCCUCCGUCGUGCUGGCCGAGAGUAUGAAUCCUUCAUUCUGCGCCGAGCCCGUCUGCGCCACAUGUUCCUCUCUGUCUCGUCUUCUGGCAUACCAGCUCGUCGGGGCGUCAACCCAAAGUUUCAGUGGUUCACAGGCUCACAGGGUAAUCCAAACCCCCACGGUAUUGACGACGGUCCGUCUGGUGAAGAUCUUAUCACACCUGUCAAGACCAAUUCUUUGCGUCCCAAGACCUCAGACGUGAACAACGAAAUGAACCGUGAUGUUAUUUCAGGGGUCGAUGGCACCUCUCACAAAAUCGGCCGUGCCAAAUUUGGGCCUUACCGCCCAUCGCCUAUGGAACAACUUGUUCGAGCUUUGUUGCACAUGCUGCAGUUUGCCGUCGCGUACUUCAUUAUGCUGCUUGCUAUGUACUACAACGGAUACAUCAUCAUUUGUAUCUUUAUUGGCGCUUUCCUUGGGUCACUCGUCUUCUCUUGGGAGCCUGUGUCGCUGAGCAAGGAAAACGAUGCCACUACGGUCACCAAGUGCUGUGGUUAG